GUCACCUGACUGAGCUGCUAGGAGUUUGACCUGCAGGUAAACUAGCAGCAGCUUCUUGUCUUUUCUAAUAGAACACAGUUUAAUAAUGCGUGGCUUGAUUUGCGGACCUAAACUCGCCGCGUGUGGGAUCGUGUUGAGCACGUGGGGGGUUAUAAUGUUGGCCAUGCUGGGGAUUUUCUUCACCACACAUUCAGCAGUGCUUAUUGAAGAUGUGCCUGUGCCUGAAGACAUCCACCGAGAUACAAACCCUCAGAGGAUCUACGACCUGUACAACAAGGUGGGCUACAACUGCUUCAUAGCAGCUGCUGUCUACAUACUGUUUGGAGCCGCCUCCUGCUGCCAGAUGAGGCUCAACAAGCAGAAGGAGUACCUGGUGCACUGAGGAGCUCCCAGCAGCACCCUGACAGCAGGAGGCUGUGUGUGGACCUGUUCUCUGAUCACUCACUUCUGUCUCAGGGUUUAAAUUUCUGUGCAAGCAGAUCUAUGUUCUGCACCUUUAUGUAUUUAGGAUGAAAUUAAUUCUACCUCUAAUCACAAGUGCUGAAAUUAUUUGAUUAUGGUAGUAAAAUCUACCCACUGGAACUCAAAUAGUUGUGUUAUAAUAGUUGUUAAAACAUUUAAAGGUGGUAAAUUAUUUUGUCUGGACCUGAUCUUCCAUACCUGCUUCACUGUACAAUAGAACAUAUUUCUGAUUAUUGCCAGUAUCCACCUGCUUGGAAUGUCAGUCAUUAGAUGGAGUUUGGCUUAUCUGUCGGUACAGUGCCUCACAGCUCUCAUAUUCUGAAUUUAGUUUUUAUUCUAAUGUCCACUGGAUGACCAACGCGGAUCAGUCAUUCUGUCCAAAGUGUCAGCCCAUCAGAAUCAUCAUCUUACACUCAGUGAACACACUGAACACGAUGGAAAACAGUGAUCUGUCUGGCAAUGUUACCUGAUGGUUCACUCAAGCCACAGUCUCUAGUUUUGUACCUGUGGGAUCCAAGGGCCCGCUGUUACUAUAAGCAUUUCAAGCAUUAAAAAGAACAUGGAUAACCGA